AUGUCAGAACAUGACUCGAUCACCGUCGUGCCCGUUGAAAUUCAAAAAAUCAUCUGUGAAUGCCUUCUCGAUGACGCUACGGCUUCUCUACAGCAGCUCUCGGACACAGACGAGCCAGAUGAAAUUGAGAAGAACGCAUCUAGUUUUGAGCAGGCGGUUACCGACCUUACGAAUCUUGGACGUGCAAGCAAGUACUGGCGCGUCAUCGUACGGCCUACGUCAAGCCAAAUACGCUAUAUCAUCCUGAACAAAUACCUCAACGUUGCCCCAUGGCAAGUAGCUGAUUCUAAGGAUGUAGAAGAAACGCAAGCUUCUACGAGACGUCUCCGCCGCCAAACCCUUUUCGGUGGUCCCCCUCUCAUAGACGCAUCGGAUAGGGAGAAACAAAAGCAUCUCUACCCCUACUUGAACUCUCUAUGCAAAUUACCGCCAAAGUUCAGACCCUGGGCCGUGAAAAAGACAUCGCCUUCCAAGCCUUUUAUUGUAUUGCCAUCGCCUAAUCCGACACCACCAGAGUUUCACGAAGCCUCGCGACAUUGGGCCUGGCUCAAGACCCCGGUUGCAAGAGAGAUCUUGGUCCCUGCUAUGACCAUGGAGGAUCUUGAUAUGCCUUGGUUCCUAAGGCCCCAGUCCAAUCUGAACGCCAUAUGGGUCGAAAAUGGAGCAUAUCCCGAGACCCUUGAUGAAAUACUGCCUAGCCUCUGGAAAAACUUUCCAUGGGCUCUAGUUAUGCUUCUGAAGGCUAUGAACACCGGAGCCGUCCGCCUUGAACGCGAUAGCUAUAAUGGGUCGCUGAUAGUAUCUAAAUGGACGCUUGCACGUCGCCGAAAAGAGCAGCAGGAAAUGGAACGAAAUUGGAAGAAGACGAAAAUGCCACGAAAGCCGAGACUGUUUCGCACAACAUGA